AUGACCGGCGCUCCACCAUAUAACGCUCAGUCGCCGACUCAACAGCAUCGGUUCCCUACCUACGAAUCUCCCAGCAAGAACCGCCCAUUUUAUCCCAACGGCGAGCAGCCACCCCCUCAACAGCAGCCAUACUCGCAGCAUCCCCCACAGACACCCCCGGCUUUCGGCCCAUCGUCCGUGUCCCGAAGCCCUCGCUUCGCCCACGCGUCGUCACCCAUGCCGGCUUCUCUACCACCGCCCUUGAAUGGGGCUGCGCCGCCACAUGCGGAUCAGUCACAAUACCAGGCACACGCCCCGGGUGCUGCCUCGCAAAUUCCUCUUCCGCGACCCUUUCCGAGCUCCGUGCUGCCGGGCAACGGCACCUCUCCCUACAGUGCUGCGGCACCUCACGGGCAUCCCUCGAACCAUCCGGACGCCCACUCACAAUCCCCAACCCGUGAGUCAGAAUCGCCAUUCCGAGCAAGAGGGAACGGAGCGGGAUAUGCGACAUCUAUGAUGCGGGAAUCUAGACCUGCAUCUCCUCCACGGGAAUCGAAACCUGCCAGAGCUGCGGAUCCCAUGUCAUUUGCCAGUAUCCUGUCUGGGCCAACAGAAGACCAACCCGCACGGAAGCCCUCUCCCCAACCAUCCCAUCCCUCCACACCCGCAGUUCACACACCAUCCGUUUACGACCACCGACGGCCUGAGCUGACCCCUGUUGCCGGAACGUUUUACCACAAGACAAAGGGCGCUGGUCAAGAGAACCAUUAUCCGGAUUCCUUGGGGCCACAUGUUUCCAACGGCUUCAAAGCAGAAGACCCAAUGGAGACUAUUGUCCGGGUGCCACAGCGGAAACCAUUUCCUCCCGGGGUCGAUGCCGAGCAGGUUCACCGUGCUGUGAUGGAGAUCGACAAUGGUGACAAGAGCGACGUGGAGAGCCCCGAAUUCGACGCGGAUAAGAACCAAUACCUGGAGAAGUCUCGUAGACGAGCUCACGAGGGCGAUCAUAUGGAGGGUCUUCGACGCAAGCGCCGUCGCCACGACUUCUUAAUCGAUCUGGCAAAGAACCUUGAGAAAAGCUACAUUCUUGGAACAGACCGGUUCCGCGCCCUUCACGAAGGUGCUGUCAUCGCAGAGGUUCAACAGAAAGAAGUCCACGAUGAGAAGGAACGGAAGAAGGAUAUGCAACGCAAGCGCCGCCGGGAAAACACUGUGCGCCUGGAGAUGCAAAAGAAGCUUGAGGCCGAACGCAAGGCGGACAGCGCGCAGGAUUCGGCGGAGAAGGCCAAAUUCCUUCGUGAGGCCGAACGUGCCCAGAAGAAAAUUAAAUCUACUAAGCGGGCCCUCGAGGGUGGAAGUGCCCAGGACGAUAUGGGUGAAAUCACUCCGCUUGCGCCCAACCUUGAGGGUGGGACUACCAGCUCCUUCCAUAUCGGUCGUUCAUCUCCCUCACGCCGUCGCUCUGGACGUGCCGGUCCUUCCACUCGCCCGAAGAAGUCCAAGGAGCAAAAGCAAGCUGAAAAGGAUGCUGCAGAGGCUGCUUACCUUGCCGGUCUGGAUGACGAUUAUUACAUGCCGCGCGAUUCCAAGAAGGGUGCCCUCUCCAAGGAGGGCACGCCCAGCCUUCCAUUGCAGUACGACAGCAAAGGAUACAACCAAAUCUAUGAACAAAUUUGGCGUGACAUCGCUCGCAAAGAUAUCCCCAAGGUUUAUCGCAUCAAGACUGUGUCGUUGUCGACGCGCCAAGAGAACUUGCGCAAGACUGCUCAGCUGGCUAGCAAGCAGUCCCGCAAGUGGCAAGAGCGCACCAACAAGAGCACUAAGGACACGCAAGCCCGUGCUAAGCGUACCAUGAGGGAGAUGAUGUCCUUCUGGAAACGUAAUGAACGAGAAGAGCGUGAUCUGCGUCGUGUGGCAGAGAAGCAGGAGCUUGAGUCUGCCAAGAAGGCCGAGGCAGAGCGUGAAGCCAACCGACAGAAGCGCAAGCUUAACUUCCUCAUCUCCCAAACUGAACUGUACUCUCACUUUAUCGGCCGGAAAAUCAAGACUGACGAGGUUGAAGCUGCUGGCGAUGGGUCGGUUGCUGCUACGGGCGAGACCGUCAAGGCUGGCAAACCUGGCGCACACUCCGUUAACCUUCCCAGUAGCGUGGCUGAUUUGAGCAGCAAGGUCACCAAUUUCGAAGACUUGGACUUUGAUGCUGAAGAUGAAUCUGCCCUGCAGCAGGCGGCCAUGGCCAAUGCCCAAAACGCUGUGCAACAAGCCCAAGAUCGCGCCCGCGCCUUCAACCAGGAGAAGGGUGGCGACCAGAUGGCCGCUUUCGAUGAGGGAGAAUUGAACUUCCAGAAUCCUACGAGUCUGGGUGACAUUGAAAUCUCUCAGCCUACCAUGUUGAACGCGCAGCUGAAGGAGUAUCAAUUGAAGGGUCUCAACUGGUUGGUCAAUCUGUACGAGCAGGGUAUUAAUGGUAUCCUGGCAGACGAGAUGGGUCUCGGAAAAACCAUUCAAUCUAUCUCCGUCAUGGCCUAUCUCGCCGAGUUCCACAACAUUUGGGGACCAUUCCUGGUCAUUGCUCCUGCAUCCACCCUGCACAACUGGCAGCAGGAAAUCGCCAAGUUUGUUCCCAAUCUGAAGGUCUUGCCCUACUGGGGUAACGCACGGGACCGCAAGGUUCUCCGCAAGUUCUGGGAUCGCAAGCACAUUACCUACAAUCGUGAGUCUGAAUUCCACGUUCUGGUAACUUCCUACCAGCUUGUGGUGCUCGACGCACAGUACUUCCAGAAGGUGAAGUGGCAGUACAUGAUUCUUGAUGAGGCUCAGGCUAUCAAGUCAUCGCAGAGUUCUCGAUGGAAGAACCUAUUGGGCUUUUCGUGCCGAAACCGUUUGUUGCUGACCGGUACUCCUAUUCAAAAUAACAUGCAAGAACUGUGGGCUUUGCUGCAUUUCAUCAUGCCUACCUUGUUCGACUCUCACGACGAGUUCAGCGAAUGGUUCUCGAAGGACAUUGAGUCUCAUGCCCAAAGUAACACCAAGCUGAACGAGGAUCAACUACGCCGUCUACAUAUGAUUUUGAAGCCUUUCAUGCUUCGUCGUGUGAAGAAGAAUGUACAACAAGAGCUUGGUGAUAAGGUGGAGAAGGAUAUUUUCUGUGACCUGACCUACCGCCAACGUGCUCUGUACACCAAGCUGCGCAAUCGCGUUAGCAUCAUUGAUCUGAUCGAGAAGGCGGCUAGCGGUGACGAUACCGAUAGUAGUACACUGAUGAACCUCGUCAUGCAGUUCCGUAAGGUUUGCAAUCACCCUGAUCUGUUUGAACGUGCCGAAACCAAGUCUCCAUUCUCGGCGGCUACUUUCGCGGAGUGUGCUUCUUUCGUUCGUGAGGGAUCCUUUGUUGAUGUUCGCUACUCGACCAAGAAUCAUAUCGAGUAUGAGUUACCGCGCAUGCUGCUCAGCUCGGCGGCACGUGUUGACAUGCCAGGUCCUGACAACCCCACUGCUGGUUUCCGGAACAAGUAUCUCUCGCACAUGAUGAAUGUCUGGGCCCCAGAGAACAUUCAAGAGAGUGCACGUGAGAAUGGCGCAUUCUCUUUCCUCCGAUUUGUGGACAGUUCCGCUGGAGAAGCCAGCGAAUUGUCCCAUCUUGGUGUUUAUGAACGUGCAGCUCGCCGGCGUGGCCAGUCCAACCGGUUGUCCCGUCUGAAUGUUGUCUAUGAUGAAGACAAGUCGCUCUGCAAUUCUGUUUUGUCGCAUUCUAUGCUCAAUAUUGUCGAACGCAAUGAUGCUCGGGCUGUUCACGAUAUUACGCCCGAGGGCCGUAUGCGUGAUCUGAUGACUGUUUCCCGCUCUGUAUUCGAAAACGAAGGACUCAACCGUAUCGAGCCAUGCGCCGUUCCUGCGGCUUCAGCGCCGCCGAUCAGUCUUUCCGCCUCUGGUCAAGAGGCCCCACGGGCAAACCACACGACAAUGUUCAAUGAGCCAAUUCGCCAGGCACUAUAUAGCAUUCCCAACAGACAAGUUGAAGAGCAGAUCCUCACGAAAAACCUUGAUCCCACACCCUACUCGCUGCCCGCAAUGCUGCCACAGCCACUCUCGCUCAAGUCACGCUACACUCACAUCGAAGUCCCCUCGAUGCGUCGCUUCGUGACGGACUCUGGAAAACUGGCGAAACUGGACCAGUUGCUACGAGAACUCAAGCCGGGCGGUCACCGAGUACUGCUGUACUUCCAGAUGACCCGUAUGAUCGACUUGAUGGAAGAGUAUCUGACAUACAGAAACUACAAGUAUUGUCGACUUGACGGAAGCACGAAGCUGGAGGAUCGUCGUGACACUGUCGCGGACUUCCAGAGCAACCCCGAGAUCUUCGUCUUCUUGCUUUCUACCCGUGCUGGUGGUUUGGGUAUCAACCUGACGGCCGCCGAUACCGUCAUCUUCUAUGAUUCCGAUUGGAACCCUACCAUUGAUUCACAAGCCAUGGACCGAGCGCAUCGUCUGGGUCAGACACGCCAGGUCACUGUGUACCGACUGAUUACCCGCGGAACCAUCGAAGAGCGGAUCCGCAAACGUGCUCUCCAAAAGGAAGAGGUGCAACGCGUUGUUAUCACUGGUGGCGCUUCCGGUGGAGUCGAUUUCAACACUCGGGCCCGCGACAACCGUACCAAGGACAUUGCCUUGUGGCUUGCUGAUGACGAUGAAGCCGAACUUAUCGAGCAAAGAGAGAAGGAGGCAAUUGAACGUGGUGAGGCCAUGGGAGGUGCCAAGGGUGGAAAGAAGGCCGCGGCAAAACGGAAACGUAAUCUUACGCUAGAUGACAUGUAUCAUGAAGGCGAAGGAAACUUUGAUGAUAACAGUGCCAAACCAUCCGGGGCUGCCACUCCUCUUUCCGAACCGGUCGAGUCCUCGUCAGCGCCAGCGGCUAAGCGAGGUCGUGGUCGAGGCCCUGGCAAAGGCACGUCCAAGCGUGCUAAAACCACCAACGAACGUCUUCGCCUAAUUGACGGUGACGGUGGUCUAGAUUAA